AUGACAGACGUUAAACAACAACAAACAGCCAAGAAAAACUUAUGGCUUCCAUUAGAAUCCAAUCCCGAUGUUAUGAAUGAGUAUAUUCAUAAGUUGGGAGUUUCUAAUUCAUGGGCUUAUACUGAUGUUUGGGGACUUGAUUUGGAACUUCUUGCAAUGAUACCACAACCAGUGAAAGCAGUUUUAUUGUUAUUUCCUAUAACAGAAAAUCAUGAAAAAUAUAAUAAAGAAUUGAUUGAGAAAACUUUAGCGUCUACUUCAUCAACAUCAGUGAUAUCAUCAUUACCAGAUUUAGUUUUUUUCAAACAAACAAUAUCAAAUGCAUGUGGCACGAUUGGCUUAUUACAUUCAUUAGCUUCUAACACUGACACAAUUGAAAUUGGUGAUGGACCACUUAAACGAUUAUUAGAUAAAAGUAAAGAUUUGACACCAGAUGAGCGAGCUAAAGUUUUAGAAGAAGAUGAAGAAUUAGCAAAAAUUCAUCAAAGUCAAGCAUUAUCUGGUCAGACUCGAGUGCCAGGUGAGCAUGAAGAUGUAAAUUUACAUUUUACGUGUUUUAUUGUAAAAAAUGGAACACUUUAUGAGUUGGAUGGAAGAAAGCCAUUUCCCAUCAGUCAUGGACCAUCUACUGAUUUAUUACAGGAUGCUACCAAAGUGAUUAAAAAAGAAUUUAUGGAACGAGAAGUUGGAAAUUUGCAAUUUACAGUUAUAGCACUUGCUCCAAAUCAAAAUCCCUCGUAA